AUGGCCAAGCUCUUCUUUUCGUGCCAUUGCAGCCGGCAGCUGCGCGGGGCGGCUCUCAGAGCCUCCCGAUUGAACGCAUUUGUUCCUUGUUUCGCUGCAAAUAAUGCUCCCUUAUACCCUAACACUUGGAGUGAAAAGUACUUUAGCGCAUCUACACGACCUUCUAAGAGCCUCGGCCGCUUACAAAAAACGACAUGCAUGGUCACGGGCGCCUCGUCAGGAAUUGGCUUUGCCAUAACGCAACGUAUGCUACUCGAAGGCGCUGACAAAGUCAUUCUCGUCAGCCGAAGCGAGGAGCGUUUGAACAGCGCAUUGGAGCGGCUAGGGGAGAUAGUUCCAUCGCGGCCCGUUAAAAAGGAAGAUGCGGCAAAAGCACAAAAAGAGGAAUCCGCAACCACCGAAUCCAAGCGAUGGGGAGGCUUCGCGUCCAAAUCCCAAGUGCACCUAUCCGUGAAUGAUCGGGUGUCCUUGGUCAUCGGAGAUGUUGGAAACCCAUCAUUUUGGUCUGAAGACGUUAAAAAAGUCAUGAACCAAGUCGAUAUUCUUGUUAACGCUGCCGGUGUUUCGCACACUUCGCUACUCCCUUUCGCUAAGGACGAGGCUAUCUCAGACAUGCUUAACACAAAUCUUCGAGGAACUAUAUUCGCCUGCCGAGCUAUGGCUAGCCGUGUUCUUCGUAAACCAUCAUCACGCGGCAAUGGAGACUCAAAAUGCAUAAUUAACAUAUCGUCCCUUCAUGCCGUGAAGGGAGGCAUCGGAGCAGCUACAUACGCAUCCACUAAGGCCGGAGUGAUUGCUCUAACACGUGCAAUUGUAGCAGAAGCUGCGGCGUCCAGACACAGCGUCAGACUCCGUGCAAACGUCAUUGUCCCAGGCUACAUCGAGACAAAGAUGCUUGACGAGCUGAGUCCCCAAAUCCGCGAGGAAGCACGGUUGUCCGUCCCACUUCAGAGAUUCGGCACGUCGGAGGAGGUCGCCGAUGCAGCCCUUUUCCUGGCAACGAACCAGUACGCCAACAAUUGCGUUUUAAAUCUCGACGGUGGACUAAGUGCUCUGUAAGAAAAAUGUAGAAGGGUGACGAGAAGGAUCAUACUGAGGCCGAAAAUAGCCAGAACGUGCAAAAGAUACAGUUACAAUGUGUCGCGUCAUAUUUCCGUCCGAUCGCGAGAAAUAGACAAAAAUAAAAAAAGGAAAAGAGAAGAAAAACAAGUCCUGUUCCAUCCAGAGCAAUGCAGAAAUGCAACACAGAGAGCCAACGACUUCGAGCCAAAGCUUUAUCACCCGUAUAGUUUUGCGCCGGAAAUCCCCAGUGACCUCACAUAUCCUCCCAUGUAUGUACAGGAAUAUGAAAAACAGAACACCAAUAGCAAGAUAUGAUGACAUAGAAUCUAGAAGAGCUUUUUGCGACAGUGAUUAAUUGGUUCACAUCAAAAGAUUGAUGAAAAAAAUGGUAGAAAGGAUACCGCUCGUCUUGGAAACGGAUGGGUUGGAUGUCCGAUUCGACCGGGUUGGUAUCUCACCGAUCAAAGGGGAACGGUUUAAGCAAAUCGCGCCUGUAUCAUCAUCUAGGACAAUCGGAUUGAUGUCGCCGCCAUUCGUGUCGAUUUUCGCAACUUUCCUAGCUAGAGGAUCGCCAUUUUCGAGCUCUGCUUCCUCUGCAGUUCGUUUUCUUUUGCCUGGCGUACCGUUGGUCUGCUCCGCCGCACCAUUUGUGGUGACUUCUGGUGCAGGCACGUUGGGUUUAGUCGGGAUGGUGACUUCAGUCUCGAGAGAUAUUGGUGACUCUUGUUCAGGAGCCCGUCUAUUAAAACCCGUCAGUGCCCAAAGGCUUCUCAUGCGGGGGAAAGAAAAUGAUGAUCAAGAAAACAGUAAUAUACUGGGCUCUUACCGUUCAGCAACAAGCAA